GAUUUGUCUGAUCAUCCAGUGAACUUUAACAUUUUGCUUCAUACGGCAAUGAAAUUAAUUCGUAUCUCAUCAUUUAUCAUGCUGGCCAAAUUAUAUUUACUAUUAUUAUUCUCUUUGGUGAAUUCGGAUAAGAAUGUUAUUUUAAAUAACAAUCCGUCUGAUUUUUAUCAACAAUUAAAUGCUUGGCCAGAUUUUCAGUUGGCAGCAUUCACUGAUUUAAAUGCUGAUCGUCGAAUGGAUAUUAUAUUUGCCAAUGGUGAUGGUUCAAAAUUAUUUGCUGUUCUACAAUCUGAUAAUAAAGGUUUUCAAUCCACUUCAUCAAUACUAUCUAGUGUGAAAUUUUCUCCACCUGUUGAAGUAAUUGGUAGUGUUUUACCUAAACCUGUCCGUGGUGUUGCUACUUCUGAUUUUAAUGGAGAUUCUCGGAUUGAUCUUUUAUUAGUCACCGGUAGUUCAGACGGAGGACCAUUUGAUGUCUAUGUAGCUUAUGGCUUAAGUGGUGAAAAUCGUGGGAAAUUCGGUAGGUCAACAGUGAUAUCUAUUUUGUGUUAUGAGAUCAUAUAUUUUUAUGAUUUCUAAUUCUUACACAAAUCAGCUUUAUAGCGACUCACGAAAAUACAAGUUAAAUCAAUAGACAAUAAAUCGUGUUUGUGGAGGUUUGCGUUGAUAAUUCAGUUCAACUGCUCAUAUUGACAGAUUUUAAACAUGGCAUUUGAAAGAAGAGGGAAUAUAUGGGUUACUAGUGCUUGAACUUUGAUUUUUUUUAAGCAUUCCUCGGUUUCGAUGGAACAGCGCAGGGAGCAAUGCCAGAACUAGAUAUUUAGGUCUGACAGAUUCACCCAUAUUUUUGGAUACUUUUACUUCUCAACCAUUAGUAUGCGAUUUAGAUUCUGAUAUGGUUGCUGAUGUAUACGGUGAAGUGUCAGGACAUCGAGUAGCAUAUAUAGGCGGAAAUAAGCUUACGAAAUUAUCUGCUACCUAUUCUGGCCCUUCAUGGUCUCGACUUGGUUAUUCAGCUUUCGGGGAUGUUAACGGAGAUGGUGUUCCUGAUAUUGUAAUCCUUGUGGAUAAUGAGAAUAGACAACAAUUACAGGUGAUACUACGUACUCAAUCAUCAAUUGGUUCUUUGCCUGAUGUAACUAAUGGUGAAUUAAUUGAUCUUGAUCCUAAGUUAUUAAGUACUCCACAAUCUGUUUUGGGAUUAUUCGUGUUGAAUGAUUUCGACUAUGAUGGUUUAAUUGAUUUACUCCUACCUGUAUGCAGAGACGCUAAAUGUUUGGAUACCAGUAGUAUAAACAUGUAUUCUUUCAGAGAUCGAAAGUGGUCCCCUGUUAAUGUAAUAUGGGAGCCUUCAAAUGUUAAAGAAAAUACCAUGCGAUGGUCUUUAACAUCCACUCCACAAAUAAGAUCUGGUUUAUUGACUAGUUCAUUAAUUGGUCCAGCAGUCGGUGAUGUCAAUAUGGAUGGGAAACCUGAUUUAGGUUUAGGUGUUACAAGUUGGUCAGAAAAUGGUCAAAAUAUGGGUGUUUAUCCUGGAGUGUUCGUUAAUAAAGGAUUAAAUUCUAAUGGAAUUCUCACUUUUCAACUUACUCUAGUUCCGGGUGUUCAGUUGCCACCAGACAAUAGUAGACUACGUCAGUUGGCAUUUUUUGAUCAAUCUGAUGAUAGUAUUUUGGAUUUCUUCAUCGUUUCCCUAAAUUCCCAUGAUCAACCAUCAGCUCAAUUAUUCCUUAGUACUGUGGAUGCUGAUCCAUACUUCUUAAAGGUUACUGUUCUUAACGGACUUUGUUCAUCUGCGGAUUCAUGUUCAGAUGGUAAAUUACCUUAUGGUCUUACGGUACCUGGAAUAAGUUCAAAACUCAACACUGAAGCUGCUGCUGGAGGUCGUCAUCUUUCUGCUGCACUUUUAAGUUCUCAAAGUUGUUGUAGUGCUCUUCAAGUACCGUUUGCAAUAUUUGGUUUGGGUCAAUUUGCCAAUUAUGUUGAAAAAUUGACAAUCUCUAUACCACCAUCAAAAGAACUUAUUCGAUCACGUUUACUAUCGUUUAUUGUUCCAAAAGCUCAAAUUGUUAUUAAUCCGUAUCCAUUAGAUAAUCCUUCUGCAUGGACUAUGAGAUUGUUUCUUCAACCAUUAUAUAAUAUGAAAGUACUAUAUAUAGCUAUAACACUACUAUGUAUUUGUAUUCUACUCGUAAUUAUUAUUGGUAUUCUUCAAUGGUUUGAAUUUCGUGAAGAUCGUUUAGAAAAACAAAAAGAAUCUCAACGUUUUCAUUUUGAUGCAAUGUGAAAAACAAAAAACAAAACAUGAAAAGAGCGUCCGUACAUGUAUGUGUAUGUAAGAAUGAAAAUUAAUACUUGAUAGUAACAAAAACAUACACUUUGAAUGAUGUGUUUCUUACUUAUAUCAAUUUAUUUUUAUUCAGCCUCUUCUUGUUUGGAGUAUUUAUAUGGCUGUGAGUGUACAGGAGAGAGAGACAGAAUUGAUCGAGUGGAGUGUACCUUAUUUAUUGUCUAACAAAGUAACUGUGAUCCAUGUCUUUCCUAAUUUUUUUUCUGUUUCAAAUGUUAUUAAUCUUAUUAUUAAUCUUUCUUUUUUCUCCGUGCAUAUUUUGCACCAUGACUUUAAGGUUUUUGUUACGUAUCCUACAUUCUGUUUAUACAGAUAUCUACGACGGUAUAUAUAUAUAUAUAUAUUCUGAGUUCUUAAAAUUGAAUUUAUUAAUGUUUGAUUCAGUGAAGUCAUCUAUUUGUUUUUUAUUCGUCUGAAUGAAAUGUUUAAUUGGCAAUAAAAACAUUCACAGAUUGCUUAAAUAAAAUUGACGUUUUAUUUUGUAUUUUCGGUACUAAUGAAUUUUUAUCUAGUUUUGUUGUUGUUUUAUCCUUAUCAAAGAUUCACUUUUUGACGUUUCUAAAUAAUUAUAAUAAAAAUAAAAAAAUAAGUUUCAUAACAUUGUAAGUAAGUAGUGUUUUGCUUCUCCAUUAUUUCGCGUUCUUAAAAUUAUUUAUCGACACGGGGCUAUUCUGUUCUUUACAAUAACUGCUACCUUGACGUGGUGGUGGAGCUUGCCUGUCGUAAUGACUCAACUUAGUUGUAUUGUAUUUAUUUAUUUAAACACAUAUA